AUGCAUGUAAAGCUUUCAGCUUUUCAAUCUUUUCCUCUCUUGUACGAUAGAUGGGACAAUUCCGAAACAGAUGAUUUCUGUGACACCCUAGUUUCUUUUCUUCCUUCCAAAUGCUCCUGUCGUUUUACUACUGUGGUGAUGUUGUUCAAAAGGCAAUCUACGCAUAUGGUGUGCCUGCGGGCCUUUCACUACCGUGGAGAACUGCUCACCCUUUGCGAUUUGCUUGAGAUGAUCAAAGAGGAGCAGCCGGAUGUGCUCAUACUGAUGGGUCCAUUCGUCGACAGCAAAAAUACUUUCAUCCAACGCGCAGAGUUUCCAGAAACUUAUGAUUGUGUACUUGAACAGUUGAGCGCAAUGUUGCCGAAGCUCUUGAUGGACAUUAGCUCCGAUGUUUGCAAGAGAAUGGGAAAGAUUAUUGCACAUCUAAGCAAAAAUGAAUGGCAUCGCUCUAAAGAUCAGAAAAUCGUAAUUGAAUCUCUUAGCUUUACAUCUGCUCAGUCAACGAUCCUUAUACCCACUGUAUCCACCAUGUCUGCCAAUGUCUACAGAAGAAAGUCUGAAGAUACGUGCGCUGCAGAGUCCUCCACAUAUUAUUAUAGCCUCAUCGGUUUUAUCCCUUCAAUAAAGACUGAAAUAGACAUACUGGCACCAACCAUUGCGCGUGAUGAUAAUCGUAGCAAAUGGGCAGCCACAACAAUUGCAACAAAGUCCAUCAAAGUUUUGUCGAGAGAAUUUGCCGCUAAUAAGAAGUACAGACCAAGUGGCUUUACGACUGUUGCCUAUGAUAAAAAUGAACCCAAAAACAGGUAUAACGAUAUCAUCUGCAUAGAUGCUACUCGAGUAAUUUUGAAGGAUCGCCCAUCAGAUGAAGAUUACAUACAUGCAAGCUGGAUGACUAUGCCAGAUCGCUUCAGGUAUAUCUGCACGCAGGGACCUUUAUUAGAGACCUUGGAAGACUUUUGGCAUAUGAUUUUUUGGGAGAAAAGUACAGUUUUAGUACAAUUGUGCAAUAAUAUCGAAGGAAAGCAUGAAAAGUGUAGGCAAUACUUUCCUAAAUCCAAAGGAUCGACGGAGAGCUACGGUCCUUAUAGGGUUACGAAUAAGGGUACAAAAGCCGAUCCAUAUGAGGACGUCAAACAAACAGUACUUGAGGUGAAAUGCAGCGGUAGAUCGUUUACGGUAAACCACUUUGCGUACUUGGUAUGGCCUGACCAUACUGCCCCAUCGGACCCCGCCCCAAUGGUGGGUUGCUUUAAGCUGUGCCGUCAGUUGGCGGAGAAAAAUCCCAUAACUGUGCAUUGUUCUGCUGGUAUAGGAAGAUCAGCCACAUUUGUUGCCAUUGACUACGCUUGGCAGAAAAUCAAAGACAAUGCUUCUGUGCAGAUGGUAGAGAUUCUGAAAGAUUUGAGGGGCCAACGUUUCCAGGCUAUCCAGUCCCCCAUACAAUACAUUUUCCUUCAUAUGUGCCUGCUCGAAUUAGCUGUUGAGGACAACUUGAUUGCUCGGAAAGGAAAAUACUCGCCGUAUUUGAGUUCAUACCAGACCAUGCUCAGAAAAUACAACAAGAAGGUGGCAGCGGCGGAAGCGAGGGCAGAAGCACAGAGAAAGGAAAUUUACAGCUAUCGCUGUAUAAAAUUCACAAUUGAUCUAUCUAUGAAGGAGCUGCCGGAAAGCAGAAGACGUCAACGAAGAUCACCGAUGAGUAAAGAGGAGAUGGACUGGCUCGUGUGGGGCAUGGGAUGA